AUGUCAUCACUGAUCGCCCGAUUCAUUCUGGAGAUGAGGCUGCUAGAUAUGCAAUGGGUCUUGCAGCGUCUCAUGGCACUGAGUGGUGCGGCCGAGGCUGACGACGAUGAUCUGGAUGAUGAUGAGUGUGUAGACCCUGUGGGAAUUGAGAGCGAUGAUGGAUCUGAAUUAGUGAUGACAAGUUUGACUCGGUGGAUAUGUGGCUUUCUACCCAGCCGCGGAUAUUUGUUCCUUGCAAGUAGGUGCAGCAGUUCAGAGAAGAUGUUUGAGCGUGUACUAGGCAUGGGAAGCAAUGAAAAGGCAAAUUCUGAUGUUCAUUAUUAUUGUAUCAUAGGUGGUAUUCUUCUUUCCCCAAAUAGUAAUGUCUAG